GGCGUAUAUACACAAACCUCUGUUCGGAACAGCUUUACUUUGGUUUAGAAUUCAAUAAACCACCAUUGUAUCCAACAAUCGUUUUACAAGCCGUAUUUGAGAAUUUGUCAUCCAACAUCCAAGUUCUCCAAUUGAAGCAGACACUUGGUAUACAUUGUUAAUAUUGGACUCAGCUGGAAAAAUUGGACUAACACUAUAGUUAUAACACUUGAUCUCUUUCUCGACAGAAUUAGCUAUCUGUAAAUGUCGUUGAUACAGCAUAAACUUGGUACAAAUCCCAUUGAUAAUCGGUUAUUCAGUCAGGUAACAUCGACCACGUUCGUAAUAAGAAGUUUGGUUGACAUUUGACAAGAAAUUUCAUGGCUGAAAACGGCACCAAUGACAUAGAACGAUGUAGCAACGUCGUCGUCACUUAUUACCGGACAGUACCUGCGGAAGGGCUUCAUCUUUAUACGAACAUAUUAAUGAUCAUCAUAAGUGUAUUAUCGGCAUUUUUCGGAAGCAUUGCGAAUAUUCUCGUGAUUCUGUCUUACUUCAAGAACUCGCGUUUACGUACGAAGUCUAAUAUACCGCUUCUUUCAUUGGGUUUUAGCGAUUUACUGGUCACAGCUGUAGUACUGCCUCUUCAUGCGACUAGAAUGGUCAUGGAGUCUUAUGGUGGUCAUAAUUGCGUCUUAUGGACCUUUGUUAGACUCAUGUCCUAUUUCUCAGCGGGAGUUUCAUUACUCGUAGUGACUUUUAUAAGUAUUGAACGUUUCAUUACUUUGGCAUAUCCCUAUCGCUACCAAAACAUUCUGACAAGAGUGCGAAUGAAGGUUAUUCUGGCAGUGAUAUGGUGUAUCACAUUCGCUUUGGUGGUGUCUCAUAUCGCGUUGAUACCAUAUAAGACAUUUCUAGCUUUGGCUGCCUUUCUUGUGAUCAUAUGUAUCGUUAUGCUACUCUCAAUAUGGACAUGGAUUUACAAGCUGUUAAGAAAUCACAAAAGAAGAAUAACUACCAGUCAGAGUCCUUCUCAAAUUGGAACGGAGGCCAAGAAUCAAACCCCGCGACAAACAUACAGGAACACGCGGACGACCGGUGCGAUCGUCGUGGGGCUUAUUCUCUGUUACCUCCCGCUGGUUUUGAUGCUCUGCUAUUAUUACACCGAAUCAACGAAUUUUAUGACCAUGUACCUUCUCACACCCUGGGGCGAAAUGAUCCUGCUCGACCACUCUUUUUUCCAUCCCCUUUAUGUUUUCUGGAGGAUGAGCGAGUUCAGGCAAACUGCUAGGCUUUUGAUCUGCCAACUUAAAUGUUGCGUGAGAGAUAUGCGUGAUAUCAUUGGAAUUGAAAAUAGUUUUACUAACUAUCGCGGUGAAUGAUCUGCGCGCAGGAAAAGCCCGACAAAUCAUCGAUUUUAGCCUGACAAAUCAUUGAUUUUAUCAAUGUACAGUUUUAUGUUUGUUUCAAUUGAUUUUGGCAAAAACAUGAAUCACGGUUGUUAUGCCGGUCAUAUCGUAAUAUCUAAAAUUUAAUUAGAUGCGACAGAAAAGUUAUCUGUUGCAUUAACAGGGAACGCCGCCAUGUCACAACAUUGACUUAUGUAUAUUACAACGUAAACUGCUCUAGUUGUUAAAUUAAAUUUUUUAUUUCCGA